GUUUCCGCCGCCGCUGGGCCUCCGCCCUCUCGGCCUGUUCCGCCGCCUCCGCCGCCACGGACGGAUCCUGCGACUGACGAAGUCUGGGAUAACUGCAGAAAAAAGGGAUGUAUGCUCUCGUGGGCGAUGGACCACGAUGACAGCGAAGUCGGACCCCUGUACAACCCAGAGCGUACCACGGCAGCAUCACCGUACCGGAGUAUUGAUGAUCUUCAUAAAUGGUACUGGAUGUACAAUGAUCUCAAAAGCACAGAGGACUUUUAUUUCGACUUGUAUAAGACAUGGGGUAUCGGUUGGGCGCUUGCAGAUCUCGGAAUUAACCCAUAUGCAAGCAGAUUCGAAGGAGGCGAGAACCACAUCGUCAACUAUCAGCACUUCACGCCUAAAUACAUAACGGCUCUCCAGGAUCAAAGAUACUAUGUUGAUAACAAGCAGUACCGGGCCACAGGUGCUGAAUUUACCUUCUCACUCAACAUCAAAGACGGCGUCAUUAUAGGCAUGGACCGUACAAGCCCCAAGGAAGCAGGCAAGACAAAAGUAUCGCCGCCGAUUACCGGUGACGGACUGCCGAAGCUCAACCAAUUCUCAGACGUGGCGUGGCUGGAUUGGGAAUUCCUGAUGAAGGAGAACAAGGGGGAUGUCAAAAACAUACAUUACUUCGUGUCUGUGUUGAUUGUUAACCCAGAGACUAAAGUAGUGGCGCUGAGAGCAGUGCGCACUCGAGGUCAAAAUCUAGAAGAUUUCCCAGGGCAGACAUUUGAACGGGGGACAGACGAAAUGAACGCACUCAUGGGCACGCCGAACAUACAAGGGUUCGCAUAUAUGCUUGUUCAGCACAAAGCGCAGCUGGACAACAUGUACAUCAAGAAGAUUCAAGUCUUCGCGUGCAAGACGAUGCGCGAGCCUCCUUGUAUCAUCGCGCAUGUAUCCAAGCCAGACGCCUGGGUUGACCCCGGGGGAGGCGAAGUCGUCAGACGCGACGAACAUAACAUGGCGCGGGUGCAUAAGAUCUUCGUGAAGCUGUGAAGCGUCAGUGUUUGCGAGGCGAUAUAGGGCAGGGUAGAGAGCAGCUAGAUCUAUGGGUAGCAGCAAUACACGACAGUCAUUGCUGUGGUUAGACGUUCGAUAUAGAUUGAUUGGUUUUGUGUGUAGCAUCCUCGUUGAUGAGCAUGUCAUUUACUCGACUACUUGUUCAUUCUGGCCAUAGAACUGAAACUGUCCUCAGAAAAGACCACAUGCUAUGCUAAUUCUCGUAUUGAUGGCUGGGAGCG